GAUGUGGCAGAUCUACUUCAUUGAUGGCAUGCCAGUUGUCCAUUCGGAUGAAGGUGCCGCGUAUGACUGCCUCACCUACAUCGCAGACCACACCACUUCCGGAUCUGGUGGCGCUGCUGUGACCCCGAGCCACUUCGCGCCACCACUUCCUGGAAUGAAGGCAAAGACCAAGGAGCCUGAAAGUGCAUCCAAGGACGAUGAGUUGCUUGAUGAAGACUUGGAUGGUGAAGCAUGGGAUGAAGAUGCCGACGAGGAAUGGGCAGAAGAUGACGAAGAGGAAUACCAGGAACAGGUAUUCGAAGUAGAGGAUGACGAUGACAUUUGGCGCCGGAGCGACUUUGAUGAUGCUGUGACGCUCAAGUUGGGCGAAGAUCCGGAGGAAGAGGAGGUUGACGCAGAGAACACGGAGCAUGCGGAGGAUGCAGAAGGUGAACAGACCGAACAUGCAGGGGAGAACGAGGAGACGCCGGGCACGCCCUUGAAGAAGAAGGCGAAAGUUGAUUCAAUUGUGUCUCCGCAG